UUCUUUAACUCUGAUAUCGGAAAAAAGAAUAACACAGAAGUCAUCAGAGAAAAAAAUGUGGCCACUCUAAGCAGCAAUCCAAAAGAUAUUGGCGCGACUGCACGUCAUUCGAUAAAGUUGGCGGUAAAAGGCACAGAAAGAAUUCGACAACCAGAUGAUGAACAUUUCAGCGCGGUCAUGAAACUUGGAAUAGAGAAGGGAAUCUACUCAACUCGAAUCCUGCGUCUAUCAAUGUACGAUCCACUCAUAAGGUGUAGGAGGCCAAUAAUAGAAGCCAAAUAUCCGUCAUACAUAACAGUCAUGACCCGUACACAAAUCACAGGCCGCACAAAACCCGUAAUACAAUUACUCUACAUCAUAUCAAAUAUUAUCAAUUGCACACGUUGAAUUAAUUUAAUUAGUUAUAUUUCAUUGGUGUAGCUCGUACCUCGUGACUUCGUAAAAAAAU